AGGCGCUCGGCAAGCAUUCGACCUUGUCCAGAAAGGGCGAAUUCGCCGCGAUUCUCUCGCGCGUAUUACGCGCGACCGUUGCAUUCACAAGGCGCGUAUUACGCGCGAGCAUUUGGGGAGGAAUUCAGUAUGAAACAUAGAGUUGAACGCGCACUUGCUCUAGAGUUCGCGCGUUAACUGGACGUGGACGCAACAAGGCGUAGUAGUAUCUCGACUCGCGCGCAAUACGUGCGGUUCACGCGCGAGUCGACAGUCUGGCGUAGUGCACGGGAUUUACGCGCGUAUUUUGAAUUCGCGUGAUGCCUGUAGACGCGAUGUAUUGAUGUCUACUACUUCGACAACGCGCGAAUGAAUUUGCGACGAUACGAUACGCGACGAAUUCACCCCUUCUGGACAAGGACUUCGGUGCUUACUGCGUAUUCCGAGCGAAACAAAUCUGCACCAACAAGUCAGAAAACAGCCAAAGAAUGAUCAAGGAGCUGUAAUUUAGACUUGUUGUUAUGAGGGCCUACAAUUGAAAUAUUUUACUACAAUAACUCUCAAAUGCGUUUGCUCAUCUUCUAAUUUGUUUGUUGGUUAAAGAUGGCUGCUGAAGAUAUUUGGUAUACUGUUGAAGGCGAUCCAGGCAUAUUCACAUUGAUAGUUGAGUUGUUAGGGGUAAGAGGUGCACAAUUUGAAGAGUUAUGGACCUUAAAUAAUGGCGUCCUUGAAAAUCUGCGACCUGUCCAUGGGCUCAUAUUUCUCUCCAAAUAUGUGCAGGCUGGUGAAGCAUCUAACCCAGUACUUACUGAUGACCUUGAAGAUAUUUAUUUUGCAAAACAAGUUGCUGAGAAUGCUUGUGCAGCACACGCAAUACUAAAUAUAUUGCUUAAUUGUGUUCAUCCAGAUAUAGAUAUAGGUGAGGACUUGACGGAACUAAAAGAAUCCAGUAUGGUACUUAAUCCGUAUAUGCGCGGCGUAGCUCUGACUAAUUCAGAGACAGUAAAAAAUGCACAUAAUUUUAUGUCCACCCAGUAUGAAGUGGAUAUUGAACCGGAACCCAAUGCUAAUAUGCUGAAUAAGGACGAUGAUUCUUACCACUAUAUUAGCUAUAUGGAAAUUAAUGGUAGAUUGUACGAGAUGGAUAGUUUUCGUGAGGGGCCAAUUGAUCAUGGCCCAGUGUAUGCAGGGCAGAACUGGCUAAAUGUUGUUAGGCCUAUCAUCCAGGCUAAAAUGAAUAUAUUUGUGGCUCAAAAUUCAGAGUUCAAAUUAAUGGCGCUGGUAUCUGAUAGAAAAAUGGUAUAUGAGCGUAAAUUGAACCAUCUAACGAAUGAUACGCAUGGUGCGGACAAUGAAGAAGUCUAUUACGAUGCAUUGAAUCUGCUGAUGUUGAUUGAGCUUGAGGAGGGAAAAAAACAAAAUAACCUGUUGGAACUGGCAUUUAGGCUACAUAGACAGGAGGAGGUUUUAGAGUUUUAGAAUUUAAACAAUUUUUUUUAUUAAUAAUAAGUUAAUAAAAACAGGGGGCUUAAAAAUAGGGCUAUUCCAUUAUGUCAAUUAUCUUAAUAUAAGCAUACCAACAACAAAAUUUAGUUUUUUAUAAUCUUUGUUUAAUAUUGAAAUAUUUUUUUAAAAUGAUUUUUAAAUUAAUACUAUUAUUAGUUGGCCAAAACUUGUUCUCAUUUUAAAACCUUUUAAAAGUGAUUUAAUUCAUAAAAAAUAUACAUAAUAUCAUUGAAUUUCAGUUAGCAAUACCUUUGCAGAUUUAUUCAUAGAGAAGUCUAUGAACUAAUCUGUAAUCUAGUUACAAAUUUGACUACUAAAUAAAUCUGUAAUCUAGUUACAAAUUUGACUACUAAAUAAAUCUGUAAUCUAGUUACAAAUUUGACUACUACAAUAUAAGAUGAAGUUUUAAGAUGUAGGUAUUUAAGAAAUGUGUUAUUUUACGAUGAUGAUAGACCAUAGAGCAUGGUUCACUUGUAUACCUUAUAGCGAAUAAGUUUUAUUUGAUGUAAAAAUUUACUAUAAGAUUGAGAGUAGCUUUUAUGUACAGUGUAUAACAAUGGAUAAGAUUGUUUUUAUAAAAAAUGAUUGUUAUAUUUAACAAUACAAUUUACAAUAUAAGUUAUUUUUGUAAGAUUAAAUAAUACGGGCCACAUUUCAAACUUUCAUAGCUUAUUCGCAAGUUUUGUCUUUGCCAUUUGAAAGACUAAUAAAGAAACAAAAUAUAAGCUUACAAUAUCCAACGCUUUUCAGAAAAUGGUCAAACUGGCCUCAAAUGUUGGAAUAAAUUUUGUAUUUACCCAUCAGUGUCUUAUUAAAAAGUGGACGCACAAUCAGCGACCAAAAACGUCUCUACUCAAUGAGUGCCAAACAACUUAUUGGCACUCAAUUCAAGUUGUCGCAUUUGCAAAUUCAACCUUAAACUCAGAUUUUAGAGAGAUUAGGAUUUUAUUGACUAUAUUUAAAGGCCUUUUAAAGGUAUUAUUUUCUUUACCAAUACUACUUAAAAUGUCAAAGCAGAAUUGGCCAGUUAUUAAGUGAAAUAUCCUACAUGAUUGUGCGUCCUUUUAUUAUAAGAGGUCAAUGUAUUUACCUUAAAAUAACAAUUAAUGUAACUACUGUACCCUUGUAGGUUAAAAUACCUAAAUAUACAUAUCUAUAAAUAUAUUUUAUAUAAAAUGUAAAUAUAGAAUUGUAUGUUUCUAGCUAAAUUGUUGUUUUAAGUGUAUGUAUUAGUAAUAGUAUCUUGUACACAUUGCAAGGGUAUCUUGGGGAAAUCCAUCUUAACACUAUCAUAUUUCACUGAACCCAAUAGUGUGAAGACUUAAAUUUAUCUUAAAGUUGCUUAAAAAAUAAAAAUAGCUUUAUUACCUAGCUAAAGCUUUAUUAGCUUUAUAUAUUUAUAAAUUGUUAGUGGGUAGGUCUUAUUAUCUAUGUUUUUUUUAUAUUAUUUUAGUAAUGUCAAUUUAUUCUAUUGGUUUUAGUCAUUUUUUAAGACUUUUUUAGUCUUAUCUUAAACUUCUUAGUCUACUUUCAUUAUACUACUACUACUACGACUGCUAAAUAAAGACUUGAAAAUGUAGCUUUACAACUAGACUACAACCUUUCUUGAUGAGUAUGGAUUACCAUUGAACAAAUUAUGAACGAGGGUAUAAAUCACUAGUCAUUUCACACCUAAUUAUAAUUAAUUUGAUUUUAAAUUAAUGAAAUAAAUUUGAUUAAUAAUGAACAAUUACAUAUGGUUAAUAUAUUAUAUUAUAUAAUAACGUUUUAUAAACAAACCAUACAUAAUUUAAAUUAAAUAAGUUAUGAAAUGACAUGCGUUUUCUACUUUCAUUUCUAAUUUAUUUGUUUGUAAACAGUACUCAUCAAGAAAAGCUGUACUAUAGUUAUGUACCCCCAUUAGAUUAUAUUCCUAAAUCAUAAUUCUAUGCUUACAACUAAUUGUAAACCCCGGUAGGAAUAUAGUGGCCUUCCAAUAUCAUAAUUACAUGCUUACAGUAAUUGUAUACCCCGGUAGGUGUAUAUCCCGGUAGGAUUAUAGUGGCCUUCCAAUAAAUUAAUUACAUACUUACAACUAAUUGUAUAUCCUGGUAUGAUUAUAGUGGCCUUCCAAUAAAUUAAUUACAUACUUACAACUAUUUGUAUACCCUGCUAUGAUUAUAGUGGCCUUCCAAUAUCAUAAUUAUAUGCUUACAACUAAUUGUAUACCCCGGUAGGAUUAUAGUGGCCUUCCAAUAUCAUAAUUACAUGUUUAAGUUGUUUAAAGCAUAAAUUGUUUUAAAUAUUUAUGUUAAAUAGACUAUUAUAAUAUAGGGUUGAUUUCAGAAUUUUUAAUUUUAAUUUUUUAAUACUUACAGUACAGCUAACAAAGCAAGACAAAAUUAAUGUCCAAAGUGAUCUUUACUAUUAAUGUUGACGGUUGACAAUUAAUGUUUAUGUAGACUUUUGAGAUUGAUUUUAAUAAAAAUGUUUUUUAAAAAAAGUUAUA